GCCCCAAUAUUUUCGCAUGAAUGGCAAGAGGUCAACGCGAGCUACAAAACGGCGCAUGCGUGAAACUUGUCAACACAAACGUGGCAUCAUGGUGGCUGUGUGCACGUUGAGCUUCUCGCUUCUGGUAGUUUUGGCUGUAGUUCCAUGCUACCAUCAAGCCAACCAGAAACCAAACCUUAUUAUUCGAGUGACAAACUACAAGGAAUUCAAGAAACUGCUGCGUACAAAAACUAACCUCCUUGUCAUUUUUACACUGUCAGAAAAAGAAACAUCAAAAACAAUGAAGUUGUUUGAAGAUGUAGCGGAGGAAAUGAAGGGAAAGGCCACCAUGGCAUUUAUUAACUGUGCAAACGAGAAGAAGUUUUGCAAAAAGCUGAAAGUUUCUCCAACUACGUUUGAACUAAAGCAUUACAAGGAUGGAGAGUUCAACAAAGAUUACGACAGGAAGUUGGUGUUUAAAUCCAUGGUGAACUUCCUGAUGGAUCCAAAGGGUGAUCUCCCCUGGGAAGAGGAUGCAGCCGCCCAGGACGUUGUUCAUUUAGACACUGAAGGGAGUUUAAACAAACUAUUACGGAAAGAAAAACGUCCCUUGUUAGUUAUGUUUUAUGCACCAUGGUGUGGUUUCUGUAAAAGAUUAAAACCUGAAUACUCCGCUGCAGCCACAGAACUUAAAAGUGAAGCAGUUUUGGUUGGAAUAGAUGUCGACAAACCGCAUCACAUGAAUUUAAGAGCUGAAUAUAACAUCACUGGAUUUCCAACUCUUGUUUAUUUUGAAAAGGGUAAAAUGAAGAUGAGAUACGGAGGGGAAAAUGAUAAAGCUGGGAUUGUUUCCUGGAUGAAGAAUCCGCAGCCCCCAAAACAGCCAGAGAAGGAGUCUGAAUGGGCGGACGAGGAGAGUGAUGUCGCACAUCUUGACGACGACUCGUUCUCCGAAUUCAUCAAGAAAGAGUCGUCUGUACUUGUCAUGUUUUACGCUCCGUGGUGCGGGCAUUGCAAGAAAAUUAAGCCAGAGUAUACUGAUGCAGCCAAAACCAUGAAAGAACAAAAUAUACCAGGAAUUUUAGCAGCAGUGGAUGCAACGAAGGCAAAAAAAAUGGGAGAGGAAUAUAAAAUAAAAGGUUUUCCAACAGUUAAAUAUUUCAAAGAUGGAGAAUUUGCCUUUGAUGUUAAUGAAAGGACAAAAGAAAAGCUUGUUGAUUUUAUGAAGGAUCCAAAGGAGCCUCCCCCACCCCCUCCCCCCGAGCCCAAGUGGGAGGAGCAGGAGAGCGACGUGGUGCACCUGACGGAGGAGACGUUUAAAACUCUCCUACGCAAGAAGAAACAUGCACUCGUUAUGUUUUACGCACCAUGGUGUGGUCACUGCAAGAAGGCAAAACCAGAGUUUAUGGCAGCUGCUUCCACAUUUAAAGAGGACUCCAAGGUUUGUUUUGCGGCGCUGGACUGUACGUCGCACACUGACGUGUGUACGAGUAACGACGUUACAGGAUACCCGACAUUUAAAUACUUCAACUAUGGGAAGAAUCCACAGAAAUACAUGGGAGGUAGAGAGGAGCCAGACUUCGUGAACUUCAUGAAGGAUCCUCUGAACCCAACCCCGACCCCGAGUCCACAGGUCGCGACUCCCGAGGACAGCUGGAAGGACAUCGCGGGUCACGAGAACAUCCACCACCUGUCACAGGCCAACUUCGACAAGGUCGUCGGCGAAAAGAAAUCCGUGCUCAUCAUGUUCUAUGCACCGUGGUGUGGCCACUGUAAGGCUAUGAAACCUGCUUAUUGUGAAGCUGCAACAAAGCUGAUUACAGAAGGCAUUGGUGGAGCGAUAGCAGCUAUUGACGCUACCGUGGAAACGGCGCUUGCAGCAAAGUAUAAUGUCAAAGGUUACCCCACAUUGCAAUACUUCAAGAACGGUGAAUUUGCAUUUGAAUAUACAAAGGGCAGAUCUGUCGAUGAUAUAGUGAAUUUUAUGAUAGACCCCCAGGCUCCGCCUCCCCCAGAACCGGAUUGGAGUGACGAGAAAUCAGACGUCCUUUUUCCACCGGGAGAUGAAUUCGAGACAUUUAUUAAAAAAGAAAAAUCUGUUCUGGUUGUGUUUUAUGCACCUUGGUGUGGUCACUGUAAGGAAAUGAAGCCGGCAUUCACAGCUGCUGCAACCAGACUGAAGACAGAAGUUCCAACUGCCAAGAUGGCCGCCUUCAAUGUGGUACAAUAUAAAGACCUGGCUCAAAGAUACGAUGUCAAAAUAAUUCCCAAACUGACAUAUUUUGAAAAUGGUGAAGAGAAGAUGGUGUAUACAGGAGGGAGAACAGAAGAUGAGCUAGUAGCAUUUAUGAAAAAUCCUCAAGUUCCGUCCACUCCACCAGAACCAUCAGCAACACCGCCAACACCAUCAACCCCGCCACCCCCCACUCCACCCCCCGAGACUGACUGGGCAGACGAGAAAUCUGACACCAACUUCCUGACCUCGGAUAAUUUUGAGCCCUUCAUUAAGAAAGAGAAGUCAGUCCUAGUCAUGUUUUAUGCACCAUGGUGUGGCCACUGUAAGAGAAUGAAACCAGAUUUCUUUUCCGCUGCGACGAGAUUGAAAAAAGAGGAACCCUCUGCCAAACUGGCCAUGGUGGACUCGACAAAAUACAAAGAUAUCAGCCAGAAAUAUGAUGUCAAAGGAUUUCCAACAUUAAUAUACUUCAAAGAUGGUGAACAGCAGUCUAAUUAUAAGGAUGGAAGGAAGGAAGAUGAUUUAGUAGCUUUUAUGAAACGCAAUUCUAAACCCACAGAGCCGGUUUGGAGCAGUAUUCCCAGCAGUGUUCGCCACUUGACGACGGACAGCUUCGCCGAGUCUCUCCGUAACCAGAAGGCGGCACUCAUCGUGUAUUACACACCCGGCUGUGAUGAGUGCAGUAAACUCAGAGAUGCGUAUCAAGACGCCGCCGAAGAACUGAAGAAAAACAAGAAGAGGCUUUUAGCUGCCGUGGAUUGUUCAAAGCAGCGAGAACUGUGUGAUAAGGAAGGUGUGAAAACAUACCCGACUAUAAAACUAUUCGUUAAAGGUGACUUUCUCGUCGACUACAAUGGCGAGAGGACGAAAGAUGGAUUUGUUACAUUUCUUAAAAACGCUCCCACACAUAAAGAUGAACUCUGAUGCAACGGUGCUAUUUUUAGGAAAAAAUAUAUUAAAUUUAUUUAUCAUUUUA